GAGGACAGUAGGCGGAGAUCUAUGGCAACAACAAAGAUAAUUGGUUCUACAAAUCUCCUAAUUCUGCUGGAGGAUGAAGUCUUUGCCGAUUUUUUCAACACGUUUCUUUCUCUCCCGGUCUUUGGCCAGACACCUUUUUACACAGUUGAAAAUGCAGAGUGGGGCUUGUGGCCAGAAAUCCCUCAUGACUUGAUUUCAAAGUACACAGGAUUUUUGACCUGGCUGGGAAAAUACCGGUUGCCUUUCUUCUGUAAAACCAACUUGUGUUUCCAUUACAUUCUCUGUCAAGAGCUCAUCAGUUUCAUUAAUUCCCCAGAAGGAGCCCACAUGAUGAAGUGGAAAAGAGCAGACCAGUGGCUACUCCAGAAAUGCAUUGGCGGGGUCAGAGGGAUGUGGCGCUUCUGUACCUACCUCAAGGGCAGUGCAGGUGAAGAGCUGGUGGAUUUCUGGAUCCUUGCCGAGAAGAUCCUGAGCAUCGAUGAGAUGGACCAGGAAUUGAGAGACUACUACCUAUCUCUGCUCCUUGUGCUGAAGGCCACCCAUCUUAGGGAGGGCUCACGGGUAGUGGCUCUCUGCAACAUGAACAUCAAGUCCUUCCUGAACUUCUCCAUCUGGCAUCCCAACCAGUCAACCACCAGGAGGGAGAUCUUGAGCAACAUGCAGAAAGUGGCUCUGUUCAAAAUCCAGAGCUAUUGGCUUCCCAACUUUUACACCCAUGCGAAGACCAUCAUAGCUAAGGAGGAGUCAUGCCAGGGACUGAUGCAAGAAUAUGAGACUCGCCUGUGCAGUAUUUGCUGCACCCAUGAAGGAGAGCUCCCUGUGAACAUGAGCAUCAAGAACUCCCACCACCUGCAGAAGCAGUACUCGAGCAGGAAGACCAAACGGAAGAUGUGGCGGUUGACAGGUCAUGCCUCUUGGUCUCUAGAAUUGGAUACCAAGCCAGACACCAACUGUAUGUUCUCCCAGGAGAUCUGCCCUCAGGAGAUGGUUACACAAAUGCCUUCCCAGAAAAAGAUCUCUUUGACCGACAGAGUAACCAGAUCCCUAGAAAAAGAUAUUCUCUCUGCCAAGAAGUCCAAGAUGAAGAAGAUAGCCAAGAGCCGCCCCCACAUGGAAGGCCUCUUUGAGACAAAGUUCUCUGCCCACCUGAGGACUCUCACCCCCAUCAUCAGUCACUACCCCCGGAUGACAAUCAAGAAGGCCAUCAAGCAAAGACUCUCCGUGGGGUACACCCACUGGGCCUUGUGUGCUGAUGCCUGUGCAGGGGGCCCCUUCCGGGACCAUCUGAAGAAGCUGAAUUUGAAAGUAGAGCUCCGGCUCCUGGACCUCUGGCACGACCUGCACCAUUUCCUCAGUGUCCAGAUGACUAACAGGAAGACUGGGAACUCCUUCUUUUGGCACUUGCUGGGCAACCGAAUCUGUGAGCUGUACCUGAAUGAGCAGAUUGGUCCGUGCCUACCACUCAAAUCCCAAACCAUCAAAGGCCUGAAGGAGCUGCUCCCUUCUGGGGAUAUGAACCCCUGGAUACUCAGAGCCCAGGAGGAGAUCUGCCAGAUUCUCAGCAGCUGGUACAAUGAAUUCCUGGAUGAAGAGGACUACUGGUUCCUCACUUGCUCAACUCAGGCCAAGUUCCUCAGCCCCAAGUGGCGUAAGAGAGAAUCCACAAGCAAAAAAGAGAACAUCCUUCUUUAUAAGAGGUUUGAGGAAUCCCUGGCAUUAAGCCAGGGCUUGGCUAACAUGGAAGAGAUGGAUUCUAUGCAGUGGCACAAACUGGCUUCCGAGGACCUGAGGCAAGGCGGGUCUCUCCGGGUGGAGCUGCAGUCUCCGGUGGUUCUGGCAGACACAGAGAAAAUGCCCUUUGAGGAGCUCUGCUAUAAGUAUCCGAAGGUGGCCAUACAGAAGAUCAGCGAUGACUACAAAAUAUAUUGUGAAAAAGCACCUAAGACAGAUCUUACAGUGCAAGUUUUCAGACAACCGAAGAUCCGUUCACCCACAGAAAGGAAAAUCUCCUUCUUGAAGAAGGCCAACAUUGUAAGGAAGCCGUCCCUGAGACCCAGAAACUUGACAGAAGUCCUCCUCAACCCACAGCAGGUGGAUUUCUUCAUGGAGUUCCUCAAAGAACGGAAGGCCGAAAGCCCACUGCAGUUCCUGAUGGCUGUCCAGAAGAUGAGUCUUGAGACAGAUGAAACGGUUUGCAAACCUAUCGUCGAAAAUAUAAUGAAGACCUUCUUCUAUGGCAAAAUCCCUCCUGAAGAAAUGCUGCAGUGUGAUGCGCCCAUCAUCAGAGACAUUUCUCAGAUGCAUCGUGUCAGCACAGUCCCGUUGUUAACACUCCAGGGCUAUGUCAUGAAAUCUCUGGAAGAAAAGUGGUUUAAAGAAUACCAAGACCUGUUCCCAAUUUUUCCUCAAGAAGUGCAAGCCAAAGUACGAACUUUGCCCAGGAAGCCCUCGAAGCCGACAGCAACCCAACUACAUACGUCCCAGAAAAAAUGCUGGCGAAAAAUGGUCAGCUUUAUCAAGAGCUUUUGCAAGUACCGCAGAUUUAUGUCUGAUGCCAGCAUACGUCCAGAAUUUGAAGAAUUUCUUCACAUGGAAAUAAACAACAGCAAGGAAAAUAUCUCUCCGCUACCCAAAGACACACCGGGACGCCCACCCCCACACCACCCAAACAUCCGGAGUGCAGACGAGAAUGGAGACAUGCCCCUCGUGAAACGCCGCAUAUUUGGCCACAGGAUUAUCACCGUCAACUUUGCCAUGAAUGAUUUAUAUUUCUUUUCUGAAAUUCAGAAGUUUAACGAUUUGGUGAGUUCAGCUCGUGUGAUGCAAGUCAACCGGGCCUACAGCGAGAAUGAUGUGGCCCUGAUGAGGGCGAAACUUACCAUCAUCUUAAGCCUCUACCUGCAUUCAGAGGUCCCUCCAAAGCUAAAGGUGAACAUCUCGGAGGCCCAGAAGGAUUCCAUCCUUAAUGCCAUUUCAGAGGGCCAUCUAGAUCGGACCGUCUUCCACGGGGCUAUCGUGUCUCUCUUCCCCAUCAUUAUGUACUUCUGGAAAAGGUUUUGUGUCUGGAGGGCAGUCCGCUCUUACUUGCAGCACAAGGGGAUGGUGUUCAAGGACGGAAAAGCUGCUCCCAAGGGACUGUACAAGUUCCCUCCGUGCAGCGGAGGAGAAUACACCACCUUAAGAUUCUCCUUGCUCAAAGGUUUUGAAUGGGUGCGGAUUCAGCAGCGAGACGUAGUGGCAAGUUCAGCCCAGAACUCUUCAUCGAGCAACCUGACCCAGCCAAAAACAGCCCUCUCCACAUUGCAAGUGGGUUCUGCCCAAGGGUAG